GCGCGGGGGCCCCGCUGAGCCCCCCCCGCGGGCACCAUGCGCGCCAUGAGCCCCCUGCCCCUCUGCCUCCUGCUCUGGCACCUGCGGCACCUGGCGCUGGGUUAUCUGACGGUCAGCAUCGAGCCCCUGCCUCCGGUGGUGGUGGGAGACGCCGUGACCCUGAAAUGCAACUUCAAAACCGACGGGAAAAUGCGGGAGAUCGUCUGGUACCGGGUCACUGAUGGUGGCACCAUCAAGCAGAAGAUCUUCACCUUCGAUGCCAUGUUUUCCACCAACUUUUCCCAGAUGGAAAAUUACCGGAAGCGGGAAGACCUCGUUUACCAAUCCACCGUGCGCCUUCCCGAGGUCCGGAUUUCGGACAAUGGUCCCUACGAGUGCCAUGUGGGCAUCUACGACCGAGCCACGCGGGAGAAGGUGGUCCUGGCCUCUGGGAAUGUGUUCCUGAACGUGAUGGCUCCCCCAACGUCCAUCUCGGUGCUGGCUGCGGACACCCCGGCGCCCUUCAGCCGCUACCAGGCACAGAACUUCACCCUGGUGUGUGUGGUGUCUGGCGGGAAACCUGCGCCACUGGUGUACUUCAAACGGGACGGGGAGCCCAUCGAGGCCACCCCGCUGCCGGAGCCGCCGGCCGGCGCCAGCAGCUGGGCCCCCCGGAACCUCCUGCACCGCGACCUGGACGACACCAAGGUGCCAAAAUCGCUGGCGGCCGACGGCGAGCUGGGAAUGGGAAACCCCUUCCCCACGGCGGAUCCACCGCGGGGGCUGGCGGCCGAGCGCGAUGCGGUGACGGAAAACAUUCCCGAGACGGUGGUGAGCCGGGAAUUCCCGCGCUGGGUGCACAUGGCCGAGCCCAUCUACUACUUCCGGCACACGCACGCGCCCGUCAGCGACGGCACCGUCGAGGCCAGGGCCACGCUCACGUGGACCCUGAACCCGCAGAUCGACAACGAGGCCCUGUUCAGCUGCGAGGUCAAGCACCCGGCGCUCUCCAUGCCCAUGCAGUCUGAGGUCACGCUCGUGGCUCCCAAGGGUCCGAAGAUCACGAUGACCCCGACGAGGGCGCGCGUGGGGGACACCGUGCGGAUCCUGGUGCAGGGCUUCCAGAACGAGGUGUUCCCGGAGCCGCUGUUCACGUGGACGCGCGUGGGCAGCCGCCUGCUGGACGGCAGCGCCGAGCACGACGGCAAGGAGCUGGUGCUGGAGCGGGUCCCGGCCGAGCUCAACGGCUCCAUGUACCGCUGCACGGCCCAGAACCCGCUGGGCUCCACCGACACCCACACGCGCCUCAUCGUCUUUGAAAACCCGAAUAUUCCCAGAGGUCCAGAGGACUCCAAUGGUUCACUCCCCGGCCACUGCGGCUUCAGAUUCGUUUUGGCGCUCACCCUGACAGUGAUCCUGGAGCUCACGUGA